UCUAUAGGUGCAAUAGUAUGCAGGUGCUAUUGUCGUGGGUUCAAAUGUACGGGAACCUUUUAUUGUUAUUACAUAUUGUUAGAUACCAGUGGCUGUUUGUACAGGGCCUUGUUCUGAGCAAAAGGCAUGAACUAGUGUUGUUAAAAGAAAUUAACAUGAUUUUCACUUGCCCUGGUAUACUUGAAUACUUGCUGAUGCCAAAGCACGGGCCCAAUGGCAUGUUCACCCCAGAGUUGUGGAGUCGCAACAAUAUUCACAAAUAACCUGACUUUGUGAUAAAAAAUAAUUUGACUGUGAUGUCUAUGAUGUAGUCCAGCUUCGUAUAAUAGACUGUUUUUAAGAACACUUAGUAAAGUUAUGCUUUUUAGGUUUCUGAAGAUAAUUUUAAUAAUCAGCAUAAAAUUUAGACUCUCUACUUAGGAGAAGAGACUCUUUAUAGAUUUUUUUUCCAGUGAAAAAUGCAUUUCUCAAAUUCUUUAUAAUCCUCCCAGUUUACCUCCAUUACGAAAAUUAUUUAUAUCUGGAAAGCGAGUGAAUUACUUGAAUACUGUGUGUCACAGGUUGAAUCAUGUAACUAGAGUUCUCCAAACUUUUUGGGCCGCGGACCACUGUUUGUGAAUUUUAUUUUGGACGGACCCUCAUUCUAUGCCGUAUCAAUUUCAAUGCCUGACCAACGAUAAAGGAUAAUGUUUUCUUUGAUGAAAUAAAACUUAUGGAAGUCUGAUUCAAUACAUACCGUACUAUUUGAACACAUUGACCUAAUUUAAUUGUGUAUAUAACUACAGUGUCACACAAUUUACUAAAUUUCGUUUCAUGGCCCUUCUUUGCAACAACGGUAACAGGCUCAAAUGACCUUAGCAAAGUCGUACAAGUUAUCGACUGGUGAUAACUCAGUAACCCAUACGAUCAAUUAUUACCGACGAUGUAGCUCUGUGACGAAGGUCUACCUCACAGACGCUAAAAACAAGAAUCCUUCUACAACAUCUUUUUCACCCCCAUUGUUGAAGUUUCGUAACACUUGCGAUUGCGCGAACUUAAGAUUUUAUCUCGUUCAAGAAUGGCUAUGUGGCGACAUAUUUAACUAAAUUCCGUUUCAUGCCCCUUCCUUGCAGUAACGGUAACAGGCUCAAAUGACCUUAGCAAAGUCGUACAAGUUAUCGACUGUUGAUAACUCAGUAACCCAUACGAUCAAUUAUACCGACGAUGUAGCCCUUUGACUUUGACGCUAAAAGCAAGAAUCGUUCUACAACAUCUUUUUCACUCCCAUUGUUAAAGUUUCGUAACAAUACCGAUUUGCGAUUGCUUGAAUUUUUGACUUUAUCUCGUUUGAGAAUGUCUAUUUGACAGUGUAUGUAUACGGUAAAAUGUAUAUGUUUCAAACUCUUUUUAUAUCGUUGCGGACUGCCUGUGCAGUCAUUACAGACCCCAGUUUGGCAAACCCUGAUGUAACUGACCGAUUACAGUUUCUUCCAAUUCCACAUAUUUGGUUUAUCUUCCUCAUGAAAAUUAUCUAUGUUGACGUAUUGUAGAUCUGGGUAACUUUGGAUGGUUUCACUAUAUUUUCAAUAAUAUGUUUUCCAUUUGUUGUCCACUUUACGUCAAAUUUGGGAUAUAUUACAUUAAUGUUAUUUUUCUUGCCUUAUUUUUUGUGAUCUGUCACCACGCCACUAAAUAUCUAACUUCGAAUGGAGAAUCCCCGCUCUUUGUCACCGCAACUUAGAGCGGAGAAGGAAUUUAGUUGGGAUAUGAACAAUUGGAAAAAUAAUCCGAAGUUACAGGUUUUACUGUAUCAUGGCGUCACAGUGUGGUUUAUGUAACUUUUCAUGGUUUAUUCAAACUUCACAUCCCUGGUUUAUCUUUUUAAAUAUUCACAUUCUUAUAUUGAAGUAUGUCAUGCCAAGUUGUCUGAGUUAUUCUAGCUCAGUGGUUCUCAACCUGUGGCCCAUAGAGAGGGCCACAAUCCGAGGUGCAAACUGAUUUUUCGUUCCCCUUUACGUGAGUAUUCCCCGUUCUUCCUAGUUUCAUUGCUUGAUAAAGUUAUUUCACAGGGUGUUUUCACUCUGUUCAGCAUGAAUUGUUUGAACAUAAUGAAAUUUGGAGUUUACCACCGAAAGGAUAAAAGGAGGCCAUGAGUGCUAAAAGCCUCUAGAAAAGGGGCCAUGAGCCUUAAAAGGUUGAGAAGUACUGUUCUAUCUAUCCUAUUUCUUACUUUGUAUAUUUGUAUAUUCGCCGGCGUUUCAGACUGUUUGAACAAAGAAUGCCAACUUAUUAUCAUUGUUUUCUUUUUAUACUUUUAGAAUAUGGAAACUGUGCCUAAAGAUUUCACUUAUGUUGAAAUCUGUAUAGAUGAAGACAUAAUAUAUGAAGCAAGUCAUUUAUCUGGAGGUUUUUCUUUAUCGACCAAUGACUGUAGAGCAUCUGAUAGAGACAAAAUUACAAAUAUUUCUGGCAACACUACAAUCAAAGAUAAUGGCAAUGCUGAUAUCAAUGAUAAAUAUAUGCUAUGUGAAGACACGGGAGAAUUUACGAGCCAUAACCAAGAUACUGUUAGAGCUGAUAUGAACAGUACUGUUGUCUAUGAAAAAGACAAUCAUGAAUUUGAUUCUGUCAUGGCGGUACAGGAGCAGAAUGAAUUUAAUGCUGAUUUUCUAACUGGUUCCAAGUUAGGGUUCUUAUCAAAUGGUGAGUUAUCUGACUAUCUUCAAGAGGAUUUGCCUAACUGUACAGAUAACGCCUAUCAAAUUGAUAAGGGCCUAAUUACUGAUGAGGGGCUAACUAAUAACACUUGUCUAGGUGAUAAGAAUGAACCGAAAUUGCUCACCAGUAUUGAUAAGGCUUAUCUAACUGAUAACAGGCAGAAAUCGUCUGAUUGUAAUGAAGGCACCCAUCUGAGUGAUAAGGAGUUAACUACUGAUAGAGAAAGAAUACCGACAAAUGCUACUGAUAACACUUCUUUAAAUGCUACUUCUUUAAGUGAUGAAGAUCUCAUUAUUAAUAAGGAUUUCAUUACUGAUGAAAAUUAUUCAGAGAUAGCUCGCAGUCUUUUGAAUGAUAUUAUUGAUUAUAUCAUCAAAAAAGAUAUUUCUGAUAAAACUGAAAUUUGUAACAUAUGUGAGAGGAUGUUCGACUCGUCAGAUAAAUUGGAAAGGCAUUUAAAGUUCCACAAAAAAGGUCGAAAAGUACUAUAUUGCCAUGUGUGUGGCAAGGAUUUUGAUCAAAAAUCGCAUCUGGAGUAUCAUACUAUGGUGUUUCACACCAGUGUAAAGCCCUAUACAUGUGAAAUAUGCGGGAAGACUUUCACUCAUAAAUCGUCAUUAAACAUGCACAUAAAAUCUCACACAUCUCAACCAAAUGUUCCUUGUGAGAUAUGCGGAAAAAAGUUUUGGACAAAACACAUCUUAAAUACGCAUAGGAAGAAACGACAUAUGGGGAAGCCUUUUGUUUGUAACAUUUGCGGAAGCUCUUUUAGUCAGAAAAAAAGUUUGGUAAGACAUGUGAACCAGCAUCCGCCACAUAUAUGUGAAAUAUGUGGCAAGAAGUUUGACAAUUAUAAAAGUCUUCGCUUGCAUUUUCCUUCUCAUAAACCGAGCUGCCCUGAGCAUGUCUUUGGGGACGAUGCGAACACUUUUUUAUGCAAAGUUUGUAAAAGAACAUUUCGUCGACGACAAGACCUGACUUUCCAUUCGCAAGCUCAUGCUCCAAGAGUUCAUAAAUGUCAAGUUUGCGGGGCUGGUUAUGUUCGCUAUAGCUUUUUAAAGAAGCAUAUGAUUGCACACUCGAACAGACCAUAUAAAUGUAAAUUAUGUGGGAAAUGUUUUCAUUAUGAAUGGUCGUUAGAAAAUCAUCAAAAAUAUCAUACAGGAUUUAAGCGCUUGGGUUGCCACAUUUGCGGAAGACGAUAUUAUUUUAAACACCGCUUGGCUAUACAUCUAAAACAUCAUAAAAAUGUGAUAACUGAAAAUGCUGUACCUAGUAAUGAUUUUGAAUUCACUCAGCAAACUUCUUCUACAUUACAAUGUGGAAGAAAGAAGACAGAUGAAGCAUCUGGAAUUGGUAGCACAGCACCAAGUAAUGGAGGUGUAAUGUUGGGAAAUUGUAUUUCCGUAGGACAAAAAGGGAACUCACAAACAUCAACAUUCACAAUAGGGGAAGCUGAGGAAUUCAAUCUCGGCUCUGUGAAAUUUACCGGGCAUAAAAUAAUAUUCUCUCCUGAAGUGAAUUCAUUGUCUCUCCCUUCUGAACAAACUCAAGCAAUUGCAAUCUUAGAUGCUAAAUCGAUACUCACAUUUGCGAUGCAUAAUUUCUCGAAAAAAAGUAACGAACCAGUUAAGGUACCAAAGAUGACUAACAUAAUGACAAUCAGAGAGGGGGAAUCUUAUCCAUAUAAGAUCAGGACUAUAGGUGAUGAGCACUCAUAAUAAGGGGCAGUUGAUCGCCACACCAUGCUAAGCUUUAGGAAUACUCUUGACAUGGUACCUCUGAUUACUCUAUGCUGGUUAGAGUCUCAUGGGGCGUAACUAUUUCCAUACCCCACAUGGACGGGUAUGGUGGCCCAUCGUUGUCACGCGUAAAAUUGAAAAAUAAAAUAAAAAAAUUGUUGUGAAAAAACAUUAAAAUAAAAUGAGAAAAAAAUAAAAUGCAAAAAAAAA